AUGAGAAGCUGCAAGAUGGUCCGGGUGGUUAGUGUUCUGGGUCUGGUGAUGCUCUGCGUAGCUCUGCUGAUUUUGUCCUUCAUCAGCUACGUGUCUCUGAAAAAAGACAAUAUCUUCACCACUCCCAAAUACGCCAACACGGGAGUGCCACGAAUGUACAUGUUCCACACUGGAUUUAGGUCCCAGUUUGCACUGAAGUUCCUUGACUCUUCCUUUGUACCCAAUACAAACAACGUGAACCAUGAGUUGCAGGAUAAAGCUCCCAAAUGGACAUUCAACAGAACAGCAUUUUUGCAGCAAAGGCGAGAAAUUCUUCAGCAUGUUGACGUGAUCAAAAACUUCUCCUUGACGAAGAAUAUGGUUCGGAUUGGGCAGCUGAUGCAUUACGAUUACUCCAGCCACAAAUAUGUCUUCUCCAUUAGCAGCAGCUUCCGCUUGCUGCUUCCAGAUGUCUCUCCUAUUCAGAACAAGCACUACAAUAUUUGUGCCGUCGUCGGAAAUAGCGGCAUCCUUGUGGGCAGCCAGUGCGGGCAAGAAAUAGAUAAGUACGAUUUUGUUUUCCGUUGCAAUUUUGCCCCGACUGAGGCAUUCCAGAAGGAUGUCGGGAGGAAAACCAAUCUCACCACCUUCAACCCCAGCAUUCUGGAGAAGUACUACAACAACCUGUUGACCAUUCAAGAUCGAAAUAACUUUUUCCUAAGCCUGAAGAAGCUCGACGGCGCCAUUCUCUGGAUCCCAGCCUUUUUCUUCCACACUUCAGCAACCAUUACAAGAACAUUGGUUGACUUCUUUAUUGAGCAUCGUGGGCAGCUAAAAGUCCAGCUGGCUUGGCCAGGAAAUAUAAUGCAACAUCUCAACAGGUAUUGGAAAAACAAGCACUUGGCACCCAAACGGCUCAGUACAGGUAUUCUCAUGUAUACUCUGGCAUCUGCAAUUUGCGACGAAAUCCACCUAUAUGGCUUCUGGCCUUUUGGAUUUAAUCCGAACAACCGGGAAGACCUUCCGUACCAUUACUAUGAUAAAAAAGGAACAAAGUUCACGACCAAGUGGCAAGAGUCCCACCAGCUCCCUGCCGAAUUCCAGCAACUCUUUCGAAUUCAUGGGGAAGGUCUAGCAAAGCUGACUUUGUCCCAGUGUGCCUAAGGAUUUAACACUUGAAGUGCCAAAUGAUUGUCGUUGUUUUUUAAGGAAACAAAAGUGCCCAAAAUGAAUUCACCGGGGUUUUUUUUUCCAAAACAGAAUUCUAAGUGGGGGGGCAGAGAAUUUGUGGGCAGGGAUUCCCCCCCCCUUUUGAUUCAGAGAUGCUCUGAAAGCACCCUUUUAUCACAAUCUUUUCAAGCAUUGGAGGGUGUCUAGCAUAUUUAGCAACGUGGAAGGAUUUCUUCUAUUUGUGCAGUAGGAAAGUCAAAGCUGUUUACAGCAGAAAGUUUUGCAUUUCUGGUUAUGCUGCCAAGGUGGCUCUCUUUAAAGUAUUUUCAUAGUCACGUAUUUCUCACAUUCCGCUCAAUGUCUCAAAAUGUCGAAUGUUAAAACACCUGUGUUUGCUUAUUAAGAUUCUUCGCUUGUUUUCUUGGCUAACUUGCACAGCUCCUCUUAGUAGCUGAAAAACAGUUUGAGGACCGCUCCUGAAUGUUCUGACCGAAUGACCAUUUGCACCAGUAUUAACUCCAUUAAGGUCAAUGGGAAUGUAUCACUGUAAGUGGCCAUUGUAUUAUUCCAAAGAUCUUUUGUUAGUUUAACAAGCCCAAUGGGGAGUGAAAUUUACUUUCCAUGCAGGCACGCAGAGAUGGUCCAUUGGAUACCCACGGGAUGCAUUUGGUCCUUGUCACAAUCUUUUGUGGACUCCUACUUCUAUCCCACUCAAGCUUGUCCCAACCACUAUGGCUAGGUAGAGCAGCUCUGGACACAGUACAGGGCCAGGCAUGCUUGAUCUGUGCCACUCCCAGUGUUUAAACGAAACACUUCUCCCUGUUGCACAGUGUGCUUGUCAAGUGAGAGAGACUUAGCAAAUGCCCUUUGUAAAGUAAGAGUAUGCCACCAGAAGUCUCUGUGGCAAUACAGAAACUUCUGUAGCACCCAAUCAUUAUCUCAAAGGGCAUCUGUGAAAGCAAGAAUUGCCACAUCACGUCUAGGCCAAUUUAUUCAACCAAGGGGGCUGCAGAACCCACCAACCAAGGAGGUUGCAGCCUCUCCCCAGCCAAAGGGCGCAGGCAUGACACCAUAGCCAGGGAGGAGUUCAUGUGUCAAUGAACUCAGUCUGGGACAAUCCGGCCCCUGAGGCUGAAGACAUUGUCCGUAACUGCUCUACAGUUUUGAAUAGACCAUGAACGCAAUGCUAAAAUGUUUGGCCAUGUUGAGACUAGUUAGAAAAGCUACAUAUGAGUUUGAGUCAUUCGGUUUUUGCCAUAGUUUCUGAUGAGUUUGAAGUUCUUGGAUCAGGGAUGAGAAAGCUCUGUUGCUGCCAACAUGGUGCCCUGCCAUGUCCCCUCCUGGUCUUGCCAGGGGGUGCAGUGCAGUGGCAACACCUCACCUCCUGCCCCAGAGUGUCCCCAUCGCUGCUGUAAAUGGAGAGGAUUCA